CGCAAGAUCUCAUGCUGCACAACCGCCAAAGAGAUGUAGGACAAGCUCGAGGUUACAUACGAUGGUACGAACCAAGUUCGGGAAGCCAAAAUUGACUUUCUCACGCAGGAGUACGAGAUGUUCAGAAUGAAGGAAGGCGAGAAGAUCAAUGACAUGUUCGAUCGGUUCUCGAAAAUCAUCAAUGACCUUCAUGCUCUCAAGAAGACAUAUGCCAACAAGGAUCUCAAGAAAGGAAUAUCGCACAACGCAACUAAGGAAACGGUGGAAGAAGUUUCAAGUGAUGAUGACAACGAGUUUGGACUCGUCAUCAAGAAAUUCCACAAGUUCAUGAAGAAGGAAUUUGAGCGCAAAGGAAAGAGGCACGACGGUCCCCCCAAGUGCUAUGGUUGUGGCGAGAUAGGCCACAUCAAGCCGAGGUGUCCAAGAGGCAAAAAUGGCAAGGACAAACCCGGCUUCAAAAAGCAAAGAGCGUAUAUCUCUUGGGGUGGCGACUCCGGUGACGAGUCAACCGACCAGGAAGAGGAUGAAGCUGCCAACCUCUGUCUCAUGGCACACGAGGACCACACCGACAAAAUACAAGAGGAAUGUUUCGAAGUGAGGGAAUCAGGAAGUCAGGGGGAACCAGCUAUGGGUGGUUUAUACCAUCGCUGGGACGGAAGUAUCUUUCAUCCAACAGCCCUCUACCCAUCGAUGGGAACUUCCUCCCAUCACUGGUUAGUCAGGUAUCACGAGCUCGAUAACCAACUUCAAGCGUCGGGUUUGUGGCCCUUCGUCUCCAAGAGCCGCACGACCUACAAUCACGCUUUCGUCCGGGCGUUCUACACAAAUCUCCGCCGCGAGGGUGACAUAAUCUACAGUAGCAUCAAUCUCUACGACAUAGAGAUUGAUUUGGCUACCUUUGCUCGGAUUGCGGGGUUGCCUAUACGAGGCGACGACAUCACUACGUACGGAGGCAAAGAUUGGAUCGUCAACAACAAGGCGGUCGUCAUUCAACAGCUUGGGAUCACCAACCUCAUCCGCCGUAGCGGCGCUCCGACGAUCCACUCGGCUCCGCCGGAGAAGCGCCUUCUUCUCUACAUCCUCACCCGGAUUCUCCGCCCCCGGGACAACAGGCACACCUCGCUCUUCAACAAGGACGUGAAGGCAAUCCAUGCAAUCAUCCACGGUGCCUCCAUCAAUUGGGCAAAGUUCGUCAUGAUUCACAUGGCGGAUUGCACCUCCCUCACCACCGAGCGAAGCUUGCCAUACGCCUUCCUCGUCACGGAUCUCAUCGUGUCCUCCGACAUCCAUAUUGCCGGACUGAGCACCAAGAUGACGAAGCUUUAGGUCAUCGCCGACAGCACCUUCCGGAAGAAGUCCGGAAACUGAGACGGUGCCAGACCGAGUCGUGCCCCAGCCCCCGCUCCCGCCAGGGCCUCCUUGCAAUCCAUAGCCGACACCCUGAAUCGG